AUGAGCAUUGUGCUGUGUGAUUCUGUAGAGGGCAGCCAGGAGAAGCCUCUGGAGCCGAACUGGAACCUGAGUGGGACCACCUGGAGGGAGCAGCAAGUGCAGGGGCCCUGCGGGGGACUGAGCUUGUUGGAAGAGCACAAACAAGCAGGUUUGAGACACAAUGUGCCUGCUCUGCUGGGUGCUGUGCUGAGUGUAGCCCUAGGAAGGAGCAUCGAAUUCUCUACACAGUCAUCGACCCGGCCAGAGGUGGCCAGCAUCGAGCCACUGGGCCCAGACGAGCAACAGUGCUCCCAGAAGGCGGUGGUGCAAGCCCGUCUGUCCCAGCCUGCCCGCCUGACCAGCAUCAUCUUUGCAGAGGACAUCACCACAGGCCAGGUCCUGCGCUGUGAUGCUAUCGUUGACCUCAUCCAUGGCAUUCAGAUUGUCUCCACGACCCGCGAACUCUACCUGGAGGACUCGCCCCUGGAGCUGAAGAUCCAGGCUCUGGACUCUGAAGGGAACACAUUCAGCACCCUGGCUGGACUGGUCUUUGACUGGACAAUCAUGAAGGACACGGAGGCCAGCCGCUUCUCUGACUCCCACAGUGCACUACGAAUCCUCCCAUUCCUGGAGUCUACCUACACACCUCCUUCCUAUAUAUUAGAAAUGGAGAAGGCGGCCAAGCAAGGGGACACCGUCCUGGUGUCCGGGAUGAAGACCGGGAGUGCCAAGCUCAAGGCUCGCAUCCAGGAGGCCGUGUAUCAGAAUGUCCAUGCUGCGGAGGUGAGGCUACUAAUUUUGGAGAAUAUCCUUCUGAACCCAGCUUAUGAUGUUUACCUGAUGGUGGGGACUUCCAUUUGCUACAAGGUGCAGAAGAUCAGGCAAGGAAAGAUUACAGAACUCUCAAUGCCUUCAGAUCAGUACCAACUGCAGCUUCAAGACCACAUCCAGGGCCCUACGGGAGACCCCAGCCGGCCUGUGGCUGUCUUGGCUCAGGACACAACGACGGUCACUGCCGUGCAGCUGGGACAGAGCAGCCUGGUCCUGGCCUACAAGAGCAUCCGUAUGCAGGGUGCUUCCAGGUUACCUAACAGCACCAUCUACGUGGUGGAACCCGGAUACUUGGGGUUCACAGUCCACCCUGGUGACAGGUGGGUGCUGGAGACUGGACGCGUAUAUGAAAUUACCAUUGACGUGCUUGAUAAGUCUGGCAACAAGGUCUACCCAUCAGAUAACAUCCGCAUUGAAACUGCACUUCCCUCUGAGUUCUUUGAGGUGCUCUCUUCUUCAAAGAAUGGGUCAUCCCAUCAGGUCAGGCCAAUAAAGAGAGGCCAGACGGCUGUGGAGGCAUCCCUCACCUCCGUGGUAGAUCAGGAUGGAGGGGUCCACAUGUUACAAGUGCCUGUGUGGAACCAGCAGGAGGUGGAAAUUCACAUCCCCAUCACCCUCUAUCCCAGCAUCUUGACGUUUCCGUGGCAACCAAAGACAGGCGCCUAUCAGUACGUGAUCAAGGCCCAUGGCGGGAGUGGGAACUUCAGUUGGUCUUCAUCAAACUACGUGGUUGCCACAGUCACUGUCAAGGGUCUGAUGACCACAGGCAGUGACAUGGGACUCAGUGUGAUCCAGGCUCAUGAUGUUCAGAACCCGCUCCAUUUUGGGGAGAUGAAGGUGUAUGUGAUUGAGCCCCGAAGCAUGGAGUUCACCCCAUGCCAAGUGGAGGCACGAGUGGGCCAGACCCUGGAGCUGCCCAUAAGGAUCAAUGGCCUAAUGCCCGGCAGGGCCAACGAGGUGGUCACUCUGAGCGACUGCUCCCACUUAGACUUAGUGGUUGAGGUGGAGAACCAGGGCGUAUUCCAGCUGCUUCCAGGGCGGCUGCAGCCGGGGUCUGAGCACUGCAGCGGUGUCAGCGUAAGAGCCGAGGCCCAGGGGCACACUGUGCUUCUGGUGAGCUACAAACAUGGCCACAUCCACCUGAGUGCCCGCAUCACCAUUGCUGCCUACCUGCCCCUCAAGGCUGUGAACCCCUCCUCUGUUGCCUUGGUGACCCUCGGCUCCUCACAGGAGAUGCUGUUCGAAGGAGGUCCCAGGCCCUGGGUCCUGGAGCCAUCCAAGUUCUUCCGAAAUGUCACCUCUGAGGACACUCACAGCAUCAGUCUGGCUCUCCUUGGGCCCCCUGCCUCCCGUAAUUACCAGCAACAUUGGAUCCUCGUGACUUGCCAGGCCUUGGGCGAACAGGUCAUUGCCCUCUCAGUGGGGAACAAGCCCAGCAUCACCAACCCCUUCCCUGCGCUGGAGCCUGCUGUGGUGAAGUUUGUGUGUGCCACACCCUCCAGGGUGACCCUGACGCCUGUCUACGCCAGCCCCCAGCUGGGCUUGUCCUGUCCGCUGCUGCAGCAGAACAAGCAGGUGGUUCCAGUCUCCAGCCACCGCAACCCGCUCCUGGACUUGACUGUCUAUGACCAGCAGGGCCGCCAGUUCAGUAACUUCAGCUCUCUGAGCAUCCAGUGGGAGUCGACGAGGCCAUUGCUGGCCAGCAUCGAGCUUGACCUACCCAUGCAGCUGGUGUCCCGGGAUGAUGGGAGUGGUCAGAAGUUGCAUGGUUUGCAGGCCAUUUUGGUUCACAAAGCAUCGGGAACCACAGCCAUCUCUGCUACUGCGACUGGCUACCAGCAGUCCCACCUCCUCGCAGCCAGCGUGAAGCAGCCGGUAACUUCAGGGCACAUUGGGGGUGGGGUCUUCUGCUCCUCCUGCAUUCUCUUCAGUUUUAGUGUCCUGAGCUCCUGCACUGGGCCACACCCCUCAGUUCACUGCCCUUCUCUCAUCUUGGUAGAGGAUGUGAGGGUGAGUCCGGAAGAGGUGACCAUCUACAACCACCCUGGAGUACAGGCAGAGCUGCAUAUCAGAGAAGGUUCCGGCUACUUCUUCCUCAACACUAGCACCACUGACAUCGUCAAGGUGGCCUACCAAGAGGCCAGGAGCAGUGCCAUGGUAUACCCUUUGCUCCCGGGCACAUCAACCAUCAUGAUCCACGACUUGUGCCUCGCCUUCCCAGCCCCAGCGAAGGCUGAUGUUUAUGUUUCAGACAUUCAGGAGCUGUACGUCCGAGUGGUAGACAAGGUGGAGAUUGGGAAGACAGUCAAGGCAUAUGUCCGUGUGCUGGACUUGCACAAGAAGCCUUUCCUGGCCAAAUACUUUGCCUUCAUGGACCUGAAGCUCCACGCAGCCUCCCAGAUCGUCACAUUGGUCUCCCUUGACGAGGCCCUUGACAACUACACUGCCACGUUCCACAUCCAUGGUGUGGCUAUUGGCCAGACCAGUCUCACUGCAGCUGUGACUGAUAAAGCUGGACAGAGAAUCAACUCAGCCCCACAACAGAUUGAGGUCUUUCCCCCAUUUAGGCUGAUACCCAGGAAGAUGACGCUGAUUAUUGGGGCCAUGAUGCAGAUCACCUCUGAGGGAGGCCCCCAGCCUCAGUCCAACAUCCUCUUCUCCAUCAGCAACGAGAGCCUGGCAGUGGUGAACUGCGCUGGGCUGGUGCGGGGACUCGCCGUUGGCAAUGGCACCGUGUCCGGGGUCGUCCAGGCCGUGGAUGCUGAGACCGGAAAGCUUGUCAUCGUGUCUCAGCUCCUGCAGGCAGUGAGGAUCCGAGCCCCCAUCACUCGGAUGAGGACAGGGACCCAGAUGCCUGUUUACAUCACUGGAAUCACUAACAACCAGAACCCUUUCUCCUUUGGUAAUGCUGUGCCAGGCCUGACCUUCCACUGGUCGGUCACCAAGAGGGACAUUCUAGAUAUCCGGGGGCGGCACCACGAGGCGUCACUCCAGCUCCCGUCGCAGUACAACUUUGCCAUGACCGUGCACGGCCGGGUAAGAGGCCGGACCGGGCUGAGGGUGGUGGUCAAGGCUCUGGACCCCACAGCUGGGCAGCUGCAUGGCCUCGCCAAAGAACUCUCUGAUGAGAUCCAAAUCCAGGUAUUUGAAAAGCUGAUGCUGCUGAGCCCAGAAAUAGAAGCAGAACAAAUACUAAUGUCACCCAACUCAUUUAUAAAGCUUCAGACAAACAGGGAUGGCACAGCAUCUCUGAGCUACCGUGUCCUGAAUGGGCCCGAGAAGGUUCCCAUCGUGCACAUUAAUGAGAAAGGCUUCCUGGUGUCAGGGCCCACAAUUGGGACUUCUACCAUUGAAGUGACUGCCCAAGAGCCGUUUGGGACCAACCAGACCAUCAUCGUUGCAGUAAAGGUGGCUCCGGUGUCUUACCUGAGGAUCUCCCUGAGCCCUGCCCUGCACACCCGGAACAAUGAGGCUCUGGCUGCCCUGCCUUUGGGAAUGACUGUGACCUUCACUGUCCAUUUCCAUGACAACUCUGGAGAUGUUUUCCAUGCUCACAAUUCGAUCCUCAACUUUGCAACUAACAGGGACGAGUUUGUGCAAAUCGGGAAGGGCACAACCAACAACACCUGCAUCCUCCGCACUGUCAGCGUGGGCCUGACGCUGCUCAGUGUGUGGGACACGGAGCACGCAGGCCUCUUCGACUUUGUCCCAUUGCCUGUCCUACACGCCAUCUCUCCGGAGCUGUCUGGAGCGGUGGUGGUGGGGGACAUCCUCUGUCUGGCCACUGUUCUGGUCAGCCUAGAAGGUCUCUCUGGAACCUGGAGCUCCUCAGACAACAGCAUCCUCCACAUAGACCCCAAGACAGGAGUGGCCGUUGCCUGGGAUGCAGGAUCCGUAACGGUUUACUAUGAGGUUGCUGGGCACCUGAGGACCUACAAGGAGCUAGUGAUUGGCAUCCCUCAAAGGAUUCAAGCCCAUCACAUCCACCCUGUCCAGACCAGCUUCCAGGAGGUCACAGUCUUCAAAGUGAUGGUCACCGUGGGAGACAGAAGCUCUAACCUGAGAGGUGAGUGUUCCGUGGCCCAGGUGGAGGUCAUCAAGAAGCUGAGUCCGGAAUCCCGCAUCAGCUGCCAGGUCCAGUUCAAGCAAGACAUCCUCAAUGUACCGGCCUAUGAUGUAUUCACUGCAGAACCAGCAUUCGAUGCUGCCCUAGGUCGGUACUUGUGCUCGGUCACGAUGCACAGACUGACAGACAAGCAGCUGAAGCACCUGAGCAUGAAGAAGACAGCACUGCUGGUCACAGCCUCCCUCCGGGGCAGCCACUUCUCUGGAGAACAGGUUGGGGUUGAGGUGCCCUUCAGCCCAGGACUGUACACCGACCAGGCUGAAAUCCUUUUGAGCAACCACUAUACCAGCUCCGAGGUUAAGGUCUUUGGUACCAUGGAGAUUCUGGAGAACCUGGAGGUGAAAUCGGGAUCCCCAGCAGUGCUGGUCUUCGAGAAGGAGAAGUCUGUGGGGCUGCCCAGCUCUGUUACAUACACAGUUGGCAUCUCAGACCCUGCGGCUGGCAGCCAGGGACCUCUGUCUACUACUCUGACCUUCUCCAGUCCUAUGACGAGCCAAGCUGUCACCAUCCCAGUGACCGUAGCCUUUGUGAUGGAUCGCCGAGGGCCUGGCCCCUAUGGAGCCGGCCUCUUCCAGCACUUCCUGGAUUCCUACCAAGUCAUGCUCUUCACACUUUUUGCCCUGCUGGCUGGGACCGCGGUCAUGAUCAUAGCUUACCACACGGUCUAUGCCCCCCAGGAGCUCACCGCCCCACCAGCUCUGUCCCACCGAGCCAGCCCUCAGCACAGCUCCCACUAUUUUGCUGCUUCGUCCCCGAUGUCUUCUGUUGCACUGCCUCCUGGUCGCCGAGCUAGCCCUCCCUCAGGGCUGUGGAGCCCUGCCUACACCUCCCACUAGUCAUCGAGCCAGGGGCCGUUCUGCAGCGCCAGCGUGGAGCAAGCCCCUGAUGGUUGCCCAGCCCCAGCCCAGUCCCACUGCUCCUCUGUUCUGAUUUUUAGUUUAGACUGUGCUUAUUGGCUGCUGCUGAUAUAUUGGAGUUUGUUUUACUUCAGUCUUGCAAAGGCGAAGACUUUCUGACUCAUCCCUUUAUGCCUGGUUGUCUAGGGUUUCUGAACAGUGCUUUCAUUUUCCUUGUCUCUACAAUCACUCCCUUCUCAGACUUUGAGCAGCCAGACUGUUUAGAAGUUGUCUAUAGAUGAUGCUACUGCAGUGGUCUCAGGGAAAGGACUUUUUAAUUACUUUUUUAUUUGGGGGCUUUUUUCCCUGUGGAAAUUGCUUUUCCCCUGAUCCAGCUCCUGCUAGGAAAUGAGGGAAGUGAAUGACAGGUGCCCAUGCCCUCCCCGUUUACUGCACAAGAAGCCUCAGGGCCGCAGCGAGUGGGACCCUGAGCCCGCUCAGCCUCACUGAAGUGCUGAGACACAGCAGGGAGUACCAGCCAGGCUGCUUUUGGCCCCUCUUUGGGCCACUGUGAGUAGACUGCUGGCUUUUGUGUUCCUUUGUUUCCUGACCUGUGGAAACAUCUGGAUUCAGCCUCGCCCCCUGGGGACAUCCAAGCUCUCUGUCAGCACAGGAACCUUAGAAUCAUCGUGAAGAAAUGUCCUUGGAGUCAGGAAUCUUUGUGUUCUUUUGGAGAAGCCUCCAUAUUCCCACGCACAAAGACCCAGUGUUAUUUGUCCCUCCUUUUGUAUGACAGUCACACCUCAGCAGAUCUGAGCCGCUACAGUCACACCUCAGCAGAUCCGAGCCUCUGUCCUACCAGCAGGUCUCCAGGCAGCUCCCCAGCAGGUGCAGCCCAGCCAGACCAGUGAGGGGCUGGGAGAAGACAAUGGGGGAAGUCCUCCCUCUUUCCCACUCCUCACUCCCUCUGCCCUGCACCAGGUGGACCUAGAGACACACCCCAGGGCCAGUCUCACGUGGGCGCUGUGUGUGGGGUCUGGUUUGACUCUGAGAUGCAGUGUGAAUCCACUUCGGUCCUUUGGGGUUGUUCUGUGAUUUUGUAAAGCUGAAGACAGGAAGAAUUGUGCCUUGCAUAUUACUUGAGCUCAAACUGACAACUUGGAUGUAAACAGGUUUAUUUCUACUUGGUUUAUUUAAUAAAGCUCAGUAUAAUUUCUUAA